AUGGCAAACUCCGGCAACGAUGGGAGCUCUGCUCCUCUACUAUGUCAAGAUCUUGAGUCAUCAAACCCCGCAUUUCAACAAACAGGAACCGUCGACUGGGUUGCUGUCGGUAAAUCCAGCGUCGGGUUCACUGUAGAUGCUUUAUCUCGGCUAUCAAAAUGCGGAGUCGACGCCCUCACGAUCUAUGCCGCCCGGGGUAUUUUCUCGAUGAUGCAGCUCGGCGCCCGAGGCGAGGAGCGGCUCGACAAAGCCUUGGGGGAAAUCAGAGCGGCUUCCGCUUUCGACAACGUGCUCUAUUUCGGAUUCGGGGUCAAACAUAUCAUCCGAAUCAUGAGAGAUUCUCGGGAGGGCAUGUCGUGCAUUGGAAUAUGUGCUUGCCUUACCGAGGAGUUCAGCACAGAGAUUUCGGCAAAGGUCCUGAGGGACCUGCUCCAACUCUAUUCGCCCCCCGCCGAUCUCACUCCGGCUUUGCGACAAUGGAAGGCUCUCGUUGAGACUAGCCAAGGCUCUCUCGCAGCAACAGAGUUCCCAUUGAUCUUACACCAAGUCACAAAAAUCUAUAUGCAAGACGGCGAAACUAAUCGUCGAUACUGUGCCCCGAGCAAAGAUAUCGCCCAGGUUCUGAAGGGCCUUUUUGAUGUAUCCAUCGGACAACUCGAUCGCCUGUAUCUAACUGGAGGUUCUGAAUGUGCUUGGAUUGCAGCAGUAGGCUAUUGGCUCCUUGACCUGUGUGUCGAAGUCCAAGAUGUCUCUGGCGAGGUACUUUAUCGACUCGAUGGCUCCCUACAAUUGGCAAACAAUGAGGCCAGGGUUGUCAUUACCUACGAAGCAGAACCCUCGAAACGCUUUCAGCUUGCUCGAAAAUGCUUCGUCAUUCCCAACGGCCGCUCCCUUUUCUACGACAACGCCCACCAGGAGGAGAAGGUGGUAUCCCUUGGCAGGGUUGACUGGAGCACCUGUUGCGUCGACACGUUUGGCAAACCGAUGAAGGAUCUGCUCAGUAAGCAUGCCCCAAUGACUGGCACAUGCCUAGGAUCAGCAGCCCGGGUGUUGUUGGCAUUGAUGGGUAACAAAGGCGACGACGUAGACCCAGACGCCCGGCAGACGUUCCGUGGCACACAUCCGCCGGCCACCUCGAUCGGCUACGGAAGGGGUUUUUACCUCACUGCUCGCCAGCUUCUGCCUGAGUUGGGGAGGAACCCAAAUCUGCUCCCAUCUAUUGAAAAUGCGAUAGGAUAUUCCUAUCCCGAAGCGCAAAAGAAAUACUCACAGGAUAUGAAUUACCUCAGUAAAAUGUGUACCUGCCCAUCAUGCAAUGAUGGAGACCAGGGAUCUCCAAGACCGCAGGAAAAAUUUUGCCUUACACUUCUUGUGGAAACUCUCUGCUAUCUCGUGGUCCUCAUGUCUGGUUGUUGCACUCAUCAAGACUUGACACUCCGACCAACCCGAAGUGGCAUUGAGAGUCUGUACUGGGACAGAAGAGCCCUCAGACCGCCUGCGGGUGACGACAAUUAUGAGUCCCCCUUAGAGGGAUUGUCCAGGUGGAACUUUACAUCCUACCUCGCGCCCAUCAAAACUCUCUUUGUCGGCCGUGAUUACACUUUGGAGGAGAAAACCAGAGGAUAUUAUCCUGCUGCUGUCGCUACGGCUGGCCUUUGCUUCUACCUGAACACCCUCUGCGAAGUCACUUCCAACCCAGAAAGUGCUUGUCUAGUGAAUAUUAUUCCAGGGGGGAUCCAAUGGAACGAUUUCAUCUACCAUCAAAUACAAGAUGAUCGAGAUGAUACCCAGCCUCAAGCCUCUACUAGUGGUUACGACUCUAUCCCGGCCAGACCAAUUAACACAUAUGAUAGCUUCUCAAACAUCUCUUCCCCAGCUACAAACCUUCAGGUCAAGUUGGUCGUUGAAGAAGCCUCCAUUCAACAGAUGACACUGGUGGCGAAGUACAGGGUUUCUUCGCCCGACCGCGCCGGCCAUUUCAAUAUCGGCGUGUACUCAAUCUGGUCACAACUUAACCAGGCUCUCACACUUGCUGACUGCCACAAUGAAGUAUGCGGAUCACUGGAGGGUAUUCCCAGUGUCUUCGUUGAAGGUGAGGGGUUGAUCAACCAGGAACUUGACCUUCUAUCAUCUCAAGUUCCAAUCAUUCGGGUCUUGACAGGACAGGACCUUGCCGUCUGGGUUGCAUUGUCGCAAAAGGAUAUGUAUUGGGGGGAAGAGGGUUUUGAGCGGAAUCAAGCCAGUCUUGUCAACACGUUGCAGGGGAGACAGUGUGUUUAUUGCUGCGUUACAAACGGGUUGAAAUAUCUCGAUAGGCUGGACAGCCUCUGUGAUCAAGCCGAGGAUGAAUUUAUUGCCUAA